AAAGGGUUGGAAGGGGAGGAGAAGGAGGAAGAGAGUUACUUUUUUACCACGCCCCCUUGCCACGCCCCCCCUUCGUGCGUGCGACGUGACCGUUUGCUCAGGCACCCCCCGACCCUUCCCAGGGGCGAGAGCGCUCCCGGGUCCCAUGAUGCAUCGCGUGCCGCGUCUCUCGGAGCGGCGGCUUCCAGCUCAGCAGAAGCAUAGCAGCAAGAGUAAAGUGAAAAAAUAACUCUGGCCCCCAGAUGUUUUGAGAAGAAAAUCACCCUUACCUCUUAGGGCACCGCUAUCCUUCCAGCCAUUGAGGUUAACAAGCUCAUCCUGAAGCUCUCGUUCUUUCUCACCCCUCAUGUCCGGUCUUUUCUGUUUGUUGAAAUGUCUAUGGUUUUAUCUGCUUCAGUGGUUCGUGUACGAGAUGGAUUGCCACUUUCUGCUUCUACUGAUUAUGAACAAAGCACGGGAGUGCAGGAAUGCAGAAAGUAUUUCAAAUCACUCUCGAAGAGACUUGGUCAGCUUCCUGAUAGAUGUACACUGAAAACUGGACAAUAUAAUAUUAAUUUUAUUAGCUCCCUGGGAGUGAGUUACAUGAUGCUGUGUACCGAGAAUUACCCAAAUGUCUUGGCUUUCUCUUUCCUGGAUGAGCUUCAGAAGGAAUUCAUUAGUACUUACAACAUGAUGAAGACGAAUACUGCCAUCAGACCGUACUGUUUCAUCGAAUUUGAUAACUUCAUUCAGAGGACCAAGCAGCGCUAUAACAAUCCCAGAUCGCUUUCAACAAAGAUCAAUCUUUCUGACAUGCAGACUGAAAUUAAGCUGAGACCACCUUAUCAAGUUUCCAUGAGUGAACUGGGAUCAGCCAAUGGAUUCACAUCUUCAUUUUCUGUGGAAUGUAAAAGUGCUAGUAAGAUUUCUUCUGCUCAUCAGCGACUGGAGCCAGUGACUCUGUCAGGGAUUGUGGCAUUUAUUCUCAGUCUCUUAUGUGGGGCCCUGAAUUUAAUUCGAGGCUUUCAUGCCAUAGAAAGUCUCCUACAGAAUGAUGGUGAGGAUUUCAGUUAUGUCAUUGCAUUUUUUCUUGGAACAGCAGCUUGUCUGUACCAGUGUUAUUUGCUCAUCUACUGCACUGGCUGGAGGAAUGUAAAAUCUUUCUUGACUUUUGGCUUAAUUUGUCUAUGCAACAUGUAUCUAUAUGAACUCCGCAACCUCUGGCAGCUUUUCUUUCAUGUGACGGUGGGAGUGUUUGUGACACUACAGAUCUGGCUGAGGCAGCCCCAGGGCAAGUCUCCGGAUUAUAACGUCUAAAAUCAGCCUGUCUACAUUUGCCUAAAAUAGCUGCCUGGAGGGUCAAGAGAACUUCCUGCCCCAGACAAGAGGAGCGUCAUUUUCCCUUCUUUCUCCACCUUCCUUUUUGUUGUUUGAAACAACAUCAUCUGCCUCUGAGUACACCUGCCAUCGAAGUCUUCCAGAAGUCUUUGCAAACAUUACCGGCUAAGGGAGCAUCGUCACGAAGAAGAUAGUCAGGCCCUCUCUUUGCUCUGCUGAGCUUGUGGAUGGACAAAGUAAAUGUGGAAGAUAACUAGUAGCAAGCAGCACCUAAGCCUUUCUGAAAACUUCAGUGACAACAUGAACAUAGUACUAGUUCUCCAAACCAAGUACGAACCAGUACCAACGUUGGUCUUUGCCUUUGUGAGGCAGUAGUGCAGAUUAAAUAAAAAGAUACUAUGGCACACUGGCAAACUUAUGUUUGAAAUGAAAAAGUAGCUACUAAGUGUCAGAAUGGUAGAUUAUACACUAAUGGGAACAUGCAUUUGUGUGUCUAAAAGUGAUUUUUUAAAUUGGUUCUUUUAAAGUUCUCACUUGAAUCAUUAAUCCUAGGAACCACCCAGUUCUGAAGACGAUCCUGCCAGUCUCACCUAGGCAAGAGCUUUAGAAAUAUUUGAGGAGACAGUGACGUUUAUAAGCUGCUUGCAUGUAAUUCUGGAAGUGACCGUUAUUACCAAGUUUUAUUAGAGUUUACUAUAAGACAGAAAGUUCACCUAUUUCUCUAGAACUGUAAUUGCCUUUCAGUGUACUAAGUGCUCAGUAGUCCUCCUGAUCAAAUUGUAAAAGAUUUCCAAAUGCUUUGAAAUUCUGAGUUGUUCAUCUAGGCAGAAACAACAGCUGCCUACAGCUGUAAAAUCCGUGAGAUAUCAGUCCUACUUUUGGCAGCCAUAAUCAUGAAUGUCUUACUUUUAAAAAACGAAACUAAUGUUUUCAAGCAGAAAAUGUGAAGGUAGCAGAGAUAGCAGGAGGUUACUGUUGUGGGAAUUCAACAGGCUUGUGCUCAAAUUGUGACUCUGCCAUUCAUUGACCUUUGGCAAAAGUCACUGCUGGUGUAUUUACUCUUUUGUAAAAUCACAGGGAGGUUGGGUGAGAGAAUUUCCAAAGUUUCCUUCAUUUCUAACAUCCUAUAAUUUUAUGGAAUUGGGUAUGUUGGAAAAAUCAUGGACUUUAUGCCAGUUAAAAGGUACAUUUACAAGUAAAAUGAGAUGUCAGAAAGAGGCUGAGGAAAGACCAGGACACAGAGAAAUUCAUCAUUGUGUGGUUUUAAUUACCAUGUCCUUCUGUAUAUGUUGGUGUACUUUUAUAGGUACCCAUCCAAGAAUUUUAUUAUAUGCGUAUAAUAUAUUUUACAGUAUAAACCUUAAUUAACCAGAACUUUUUUUUGCUGCAGUCAACUUGUACAUGAAAGAAGCAAAUUACAAGAAAAGCCGUUAUUAGGGAUUUAUUUGAAAAAAAAAACCAGUCUAGGGUAUUUGAUAGGGUCAGUACAUAUUCAACCCCUUCUUUAAUAACUACAAGAAUGUGGAAGAAUUGACAUUCAGAAUCAUGACCUCGAGGCACUUACAAGAUCAUAAAUCAUCAAAGAAACAGGAGAUAAUAUUCACUGUGCUGUACUUACUUGGAAAGGAAUGUUUGGACUAAUAAGGUUUUGUAAAGAUCUUCAACAAGAAUUCAAACAGAUUUUUAAAAUUUUAUUUAUAUCAGAAAGAUUUUUAUUCCCUUUUUCAUCCAUCAGUAUCCACAUCACUCUGUAGACAUCCAACCUUCUUGCUUCUGCCAAAUUGAGGAUGGUUGUUGUCAAGGAUUGCAUGACUCUUUGGGGAAAAAUAGAUUUUUGCCAAGGAUACAGAGAAAUCCUGGACUCUUGAGAAUAUAUCUUGAAUAUUUGUAAUAAUUAUCCUAUAGUUUUUUUAUGCCACUAUUUGCUUUUAAGAACAGUUUUUAUUACAUCAUCUUCACACUACCAGGUAUGCUAUGGAAGAUAGCUAUUGUUUGUCCAGGUUGUAUAGAGGAGAAAACUGAGGUACAAAUAAAUUGUGUGACUCACUGAAGAUCCUCAUAACUAAGCCAGUAUUAGCGUUCAUGUCUGAUGGGUCCAGGUUCAGGACUUUUUCCACCAGGGAGGGAAUCAUAAAUGUAUUCACAGAAUUCAUCUUUUCUUGGUAAGAACUAGAGAGCUUAGACCGUUUGAUAGGAAUCAAUCCACACUUCUUUCCACCAAGUAUUGGUGUGUUUUCCCUUAAUUUAGGGUGUCUUAAGGGUCUUUUAUUGUCCAAGAUAAUUUUUGCUGUCAUGGCACAAAUAAUAAUCUUAUUUUCCAUAAGCCUGACAAUACUAUAACUGAUUUGCUCGACGGAGCUGCUCCUCGUUUGCUCUGUUAUGUCAGCACUCAGGAAUGUUCAUUUCUGGGCAUCCUUGACUAAGGCUCCUAGAACUUGAAGAUCCACUUCCUAUAAAUACUGUUGCCUUGAGACCCAGAACAUUUUUCUUCACUUUUGGAUUUUUAGUAUGGUAUAAAAUGAAUGUACCAUCUCUGGGUUUAUGCAAAAUAGGAGUGUUUAUCACAGUUUUUGAGUAUGUGAAAUGUUAUCUUCAAUUAACUCUAGAAUUGAAGGCCUUCGCUCAGUUAAAUUAACUCCUCUAGAAGAAUUCAUGAGAUUCAGAGCCCCAUUUCUUUUAUGCUGCCUCUGAAACACCAUUAAGCCUCUAACUUGUCAAGGCUGUGCAGAAGCCAGAAUACUUUUCAUUUUACUCUUUUCUUGCAGGCCACUAGGCACCCCUUGGCAUUAGGUACCCCAUGCCAGAAAUGGUCAAGGGAAACAGUUUUUAUCUAUCUUGUGUUCCAUAUGCAUUGGUAGCAUCUCUGAUGACCUGUCCUGGGCUGUAGGAAUUAAUGAGUAUACAACCAAACUGUCUUUUACUUGUUCUUUUUGGCUAUUUAGAACCUGUUUCUGUUGACCUAGAAGUAAGGAAAGUUUUGUGUCUGUGAAAGAGGAAAGAAAUUAUUGUAGAAACCGUCUCCUCCGCUCCACACAAACCAAACCAAAUCCUCACUCUAGAGACAAGCCUUUUAAAGAACUUUGUUAUUUAUGAUUAUGCCGAUGCUUUCCUUUUUUUCAUAGUCUUUAAGAAAAUGUAAAUUUCUCUUUCCAAGUACAGUAAGCACGUCACCACUCCAUCAAAGAUGGAGUUUAAAUUUAUUUUAGCAUGCUGGCCUAAAAGUUGAAAUAAAUCUCCUGAUCAUAAAAGUCUUGUGAAUGAGUAUCAGUCGAGAAUGUAGCUCUCAUAAUUUUACCAAGUUGAAGAUGGUUUUUAGCUCUAUUAAUUUUCUGAGGUGGUGAAUUAGAUGGGAGAUUGUAGCUAUUGUAGACUAUUGAGCUUCUAAAGAGAAUUCAUAUCCUGUGAGGAUUGGACAUGUUUAAUCUGGAGUUUAAGAGAAAAAGAUAACUGUCUUUCAGGUAUUUAAAGGGUUGCCAUAUGAAAUGGGUUAAACUUUUGUGUUGCUCCAGAAGGGAGAACCUAGGGCCAACAACCUAGGAUAGAUUUGACAGGAAGGUCGAUUUCACCUUGAUAUAAGGAAGAAUUUUCCAACAGUUAGAGCUGCGCAAUAACAUAUCAUGGGAAGUCUUAACUAGGUAAGGAAUCCCCUACCCCUCAAUUUAUGAAAGCAGAAACUGAAUGAUCACAUGUCAAGGCUAUUGUGGAGGGGAUUUGACCAGAUGACCACCGAGGCCUCUUCCAACGAUCUUAAGGUUUCAGUUUGCUACUUCAAGAUUGAUUACUUUUUGUUCUUUUUCCAGGUGCUAUUUUUAGCAGGUGAAAACAUGAGUAGUCCUGUGAUACAAUUUGGUUAAAAGUAAAAUGGUUGGUUGCUUUGUUGUUUUGUUUUUCUUGUUAACUAAAUAGAAUUGGAAACUGGUAUACAGUAUAUAGUCACACUUCUCUCAGUUGACAGUACUGGUAUGUUAUUGUAUUAGGUGUAAGAAAGAGCAGGGUUAGUUAGCUGUUAAGAAGCUCAUCUAGUCCAACAAUCUAGCAUUGUCAGUGGUUUUUAGAGUUUGGUAGCAAAAAUGUUUGGGGAAUGUCACUAUCUAAUAAGGCAUUCCCUUCCAUCAUUGUCAUUCAUUUUACCUACAUUUCAACCAUUUUCCCUUUGCCCCACCUACUUCUUCAUGUCCUCACCAUACACACACAAAAAAAUCACUCAAAAGAUGAAUCGAGGCAUUGUACCCCAUACUUUGAACCUCCCUACCUUCCCAAAAGAAAACUUCUUACUGAUUAAGAAUGUAGAAGAAAUACAAGCAUUAUUAUGUUUCAGUGGAUAUUAUACAAGUUAAUGUCCAUUUUACAGAGAUGGAACGGCCACCUAUUAGGAAUAUUGUAUGGGGAGUCAUGCUUCAGGUAGGGGUGACCUAGAUGACAUCUGAGGUCCCAGUCCUGAGAUUCUGUUAUUCUAGUAGCAUUAUAGAAAGAGAGGCUGGGCCCAAUAACCAGGUAAAGAGCAAAUGCAGCAGACAUGGACAAGCAAGUGGCAAUUUUUAUGUAACUCACUUUUAAUCCAUGAGCCGCAGUGAGGCAUGGUGGUCUCUGGCAGGCUUUGGAGUCAGGCCCAACUUUAAAUCUUGCCUCUGAUAAACAUUCAGUCUAUAAAAAUGAGCAGUGGCCCAGGCAAGUCAUUUUAAGUUAUACAUUAGUUUCAGAUGUUGGAGGGGUUUUUGACACUGCAAGUUCCCCAGUGUUGAAAUCGUAAAUUUAGAUGCCUCCUUACCCUUCCCCUCAAAAAACUUUUCAGGAUAUAGAAAUGGGAACAAAUGUAUGUGGAACCAACAAACAAUCUCCUGAGGUAUGUAUGAGUAAGCAUGAUAUAAAGUGUUAAUGGUUUAACCUAAAGCAGUAUCAUAAUUUAGGACAGAUGGUAAUCUGGGAUAGCUCGUAAUCUAACUUUGAAAUUAUUUAGUUAUAUAAAUAAUAUACAUAUAUAUGUGUGUAUGUAUGUAUAUACAUAUGUGUCUAUAUCCAUAUAUAUGUAACCAUAUAAUUAAUCAUUUAGUAAUCCAGGAUAUGAAAUUAAACUUCAAAUGGGUCUUUCAGAUGAGUAGUAUGUCAAAAUUUCUAAUUAUUAUUUUUUCUAGUUUUAGCUUUGUAGGAUAAAUUGAACUUUAAUAAAAUAAUAGCUAUGACAAUAGUUAUUAGUGGGGGUAAUUUGCUUUAAGCAGAGCCGAUGAAUGGAAAUUCAAAUUUAUACAAAUGAUCAAUUAAGAAGUUGGAUUUAUGAGAUUUAUUAGGGCUCCUAGCAUUCAACAUAGGAAUCAGUUUUUUGAAAUUUUGUCAUUUGUAUCUCCCAGUCUUUACUGUAAUCGAUGCUGUCCCUGUGCCUGUGAAAAGGCCAUUUUAAAAAGAUGUGGGAGCUUAUCGUGCAACAAGGCAGUUACACUGUUGUUACUACACUAGAGUAACUAAACUUUGUAUCUUUGUAUCAGAGCUUAGCACAGUGUGCCACACAUGGCAAGAGUUUAGAAAGUGUUUGUUGAAAUAAUGAACUAAAAACCAAUACUGAUUAUGUAGGUCACUAUGCAGCUUUUGUGAGAGCCUGUAUGCAGAAUAGAUUCGUAGAUCAUCAGAGCGUUAAAGAUCCUUAGAGAUAACGAAAUCCAAACCCUUCAUUUUGCAGAUGAGGAAACUGAGGCCCAGAAAGGUCAGAUGAUUUGCCCAGGGACACCUAGUGGUAGCUAAGUGUUACAACGGACAGAGCUUUAGCCCUGGAAUUAGGAGGAUUUGAGUUCAAAUCCCACGUUGGAAACUUACUGCUUGUGUGUCCCUGAGCCAGUCAACCUCUCAGCAUCAGUUUCCUCAUCUGUAAAAUGGGGAUUAAACUAGCAGCUACCUUCCCAGGUUACUGUGAGGACCAAAUACUUGCUAAGUGCUUUGUAAUAUAGAAAGCGCUCUAAGAAAGCUGGUUUUGGUGGUGGUUAUUAUUACCGCUUUCUGAUAACUGGUUUAGUGUUUGAACUACAGUGCCUCUCCUAUCAUAAAGUAUUUUUCACAUUUGGCACCCUAAACCAUUCUGCAGUGACUGUGCUCUAUUGCACAAGAGUCCAGGUUCCAGUGGUCAGGAAGAUGAGCCCUGUAUUCUAUUUACAACUUACUUUGAAAAGAAUUGGUACUUCCUAUAGCACUGGCACUUAGAAGUGAAAAUGCUGUGGUUUUCUAGGGCAGGAGUGGGUUGCCUCUGGCUGGGUGUGUGAAGAUAGAAGUGGAAAAGUAGAGUUAGAAGGAAUUUUGGAGAUCAUCCAGCCCAACUCCCUGAUUUUCAUAUAAGGAAACAGGCCCUGAGGAGGGAAAGGGCUUGCCUUCAGGGCAAUGUCAUUCAGGUAUCCCUAACUUAAGUCUGUCACACAUAUCCCCAAUCUUCCCAUCAAAACCCACCUAUUCAUAUAGUUGCAGAGUUGACUUCAAAAAUCUUUAAAUGUGUGCUUAGGAGCAAAAAUCUUGGAUGCAGGAUGGGUAAAGGGGAAGCCAUCACUGCUUACUAAGGUUAAAACAAAAACACUUGCUGGAUAGUCUGAAUCAGUUGUGUCAUUUUUCAGUCGUGUCCAUUUCUUUGUGACCCCGUGGGGGUUUUCUUGGCAAAGACCACAGGAGUGGUUUGCCAUUUUCUUCUCCAGUUUAUUUUUCAGAUGAAGAACUGAGGCAAACAGG